ACAACGCUCUGGGUGUGAAGGAGCAAUUCCACCACUGCUGCCCAGAGGAAGCUGCUGGGAGUGGGGAGAGAGAGAGGCGUGGAGAGGAACGUAGAGACCGAGGGGGAGGUUUCCCAGGACCAGAUAUCCAGACUGCACCGACUGAGGAUGGCUGACAGUUCAUCUCAGUCGGAGCCCCUGUCUUCUCAAGAACUCAAUGACUUCAAGAAGCCAACCCUGCAGGUCCCCCCAGUGGUGCGGGGCAAGGCCCCGGCCACCAAUCCUUCAAACCCUGAGGAGGUGAAGAAAGAAAAGCUGCUGGCACUGCUGGACCCCGACUCCAGGGAGCCUGACGUCCCGCCGGCCCGGCCGGACAGCGGGGAGAUCAGGAGUCCACCGGAGGAGCAGCCGCGGCCCCAAACAGCGGCUCCUUCCCCUGGAGGCGCGGCCUGGGCUCCCCCUUACCAAGAGCCGCCGUGGGGCGGCCCCGCUACUGCCCCCUACAGCCUAGAGACUCUGAAGGGCGGCACCGUCCUCGGCACCCGUAGCUUAGAAGGGACGAGUUACUGCCUUUUCGGGAGGCUGUCCGGUUGCGACGUGUGCCUGGAGCACCCUUCGGUGUCUCGGUUCCACGCAGUGCUGCAGCACAGGGCGUCCGGCGCCGAUGGAGAAUGCGAUGGCCGUGGGCCGGGCUUCUACCUCUACGAUCUAGGAAGCACCCACGGCACUUUUCUUAACAAAACCCGCAUCCCACCCCGCACUUACUGUCGAGUCCACGUCGGGCACGUACUUCGCUUUGGAGGCAGCACCCGGCUCUUUCUUCUUCAGGGACCAGAGGAAGACCGAGAGGCGGAAUCCGAGUUGACAGUAACGCAGUUGAAGGAAUUGCGCAAGCAGCAACAAAUGAUGUUGGAGAAGAAGAUGAUAGGAGAAGACUCAGAUGAAGAAGAGGAAAUGGAUCCCGCUGAAAGAAAGGGAAAUACUAGUAGCCAAGAUGAAGAAGUGGGCUGCACCUGGGGAAUGGGAGAAGAUGCUGUAGAGGAUGAAGCUGAAGAGAACCCCAUUGUCUUAGAGUUCCAGCAGGAAAGGGAGGCCUUUUAUAUAAAAGAUCCAAAGAAGGCUCUCCAAGGUUUUUUUGACCGAGAAGGAGAAGAAUUAGAAUAUGAAUUUGAUGAACAGGGACAUAGCACUUGGCUUUGCAGGGUGAGAUUGCCUGUGGAUGAUUCAACUGGAAAACAACUGGUGGCUGAAGCCAUUCACUCUGGAAAGAAAAAAGAAGCGAUGAUCCAAUGCUCACUGGAAGCUUGUCGAAUCCUUGAUACUUUGGGAUUGUUGCGGCAGGAGGCAGUAUCUCGGAAAAGGAAAGCCAAGAACUGGGAAGAUGAAGACUUUUAUGAUAGUGAUGAUGACACGUUUCUUGAUCGGACUGGCUUGGUUGAAAAGAAGCGUCUGAACCGCAUGAAGAAGGCUGGGAAGAUUGAUGAGAAACCAGAGACCUUUGAAUCACUGGUUGCAAAAUUAAAUGAUGCUGAAAGGGAACUCACUGAAAUUUCUGAGAGACUGAAAGCCUCAAGCAAAGCUCUCUCAGAGUCGCCAUCUCAGGACUCUUUAGAUGCGUUCAUGUCAGAAAUUAAAUCAGGCAGUACAUUAGAUGGCGUGUCUCGGAAGAAACUUCACCUGAGAACUUUUGAACUGAGAAAAGAACAACAGAGACUUAAAGGGUUGAUAAAAAUUGUAAAGCCAGCAGAGAUUCCAGAACUGAAAAAGACUGAAAGUCAGGCUACAGAUGCAGAAAACAAAGCUAAAAAGCUUACAUUGCCUCUCUUUGGUGCCAUGAAAGGAGGAAGCAAAUUCAAAUUAAAAACUGGAACAGUAGGGAAGUUACCUCCCAAGCGUCCAGAACUCCCUCCAACUCUAAUGAGAAUGAAGGAAGAGCCUGAAGUAGAAGAGGAGGAGGAAGAGGAAGAGGAAGAAGAGAAAGCAAAGGAGGAACAUGAAAAGGAAAAACUGGAGGCCGGGAGCAGUAGGCUGCAGCAGGAGACAGGGCCAGAAGCAGCGCCGGAAAUGAGUCUUCUCACAGAUCUCUCAUGUCCUAAAGAAGCAAAAAACCAUGAAAACAUAUCUCAACUCAGCCUAGUAGAGCAGAAUAAAGAUUAUCAAGAGGUUAACGAGACAACCGCAUCAUGUGAGGAACCCUCAGAGAAUGAACAGGAGAAAAGCAGAGAUGAACUGAAGAAAAAGAAAGCUCUUGGUCCAGGCAGACUUCCGCCAAUACUUUCCUCCAAAUAUCCAGACGAUGACCCAGACUACUGUGUGUGGGUGCCUCCUGAAGGCCAAAGUGGAGAUGGCAGGACCCAUCUUAAUGACAAAUAUGGCUAUUGAUUUCUUCAGAAUCCUAAAGGAAGACCUUGUGGACCAUGUGACAUGGGAUAUCUAGGACAAUAUACCAAGUUGAAUGUCCAGAGGAGUUCAGAUGAUCAUUUGUAAAAUCUGGUGACUGCCUUUUCUUCUAUGCCCUUGGCUUCCUAAAUUUAUCUACCCAUCUGAUUCUCUUGAAUUUGGUAUUUAUGUUUAAAAGUGUUUGUGUAUGUGUGUAAAAAAGUAACCAUAUAUUUUGAGAACUGGUAAAGUUAGAGACAUGACUCUAUUAAAAUGAGAAGGUGAAAAUGUCUCAUGUUUAUUUAAGGCCACAAUGUUUUUCAUUAAGCUUUGGGGUCUAUGCUUUUCCUGAGCAAUAGGGUACUUCUGGGAGUUAGUCUGUAGUGUUCACUGAUGUUGCCUCCUAGAUAAGUGUUGAAAUAUGAGAUCAUGUCAUGGCUGUGACCCUUGUUGUCCCUGUCAUUCUUGGGACUAAAAAUAGAUACACAGAGGGGGCUUCCUAUUCCCUCCCACUAUAAUGCUCCUGUCAGGUUUGAGAACAGACCCUUACUUACCAGCACACAAUUCGGGACUGCAGCACACCUCGUGCACUCAGGCACUAUUCCUGAUAAAAACUCAGCUCUCCGAAGAUCUGACCAGUCGGAUUGGUCACUCUUCCUCUUGUGGAAAGGUGCAAAUGAGGUCAUAAAAUGAAAGGCUGGGACUUCUCUGUGGGACUCCUCACCUGUAUGGGGAGGGGAAUUAAAGUUCCUUUCUCUCUGCAAACAUGAAGAAAUGCAAGAAGGUAUCUUACUGCACACCUCCCCACCCCCCAGUUAUUAAUACCUCACUUCCACAAGAAAGGAAAGCCUAAGAGGGGAGGCAGGGGAGAGAGCUUGUGGAUCUGCUGGAGGUAAGGAUCAGCAAAAAGGCUGAUGAGGAUGAUGCGUCCCUAGUAUGGAUUAUACUGUAUAUGCGAGGCACGCCAGAAGUGGUCACGAGAAACUCCAGUUUCCCUGACAGAUGUGGGAAGUCUGGUCUGCUGAAAGUGAUAAGUCUUCAUUUCAUGAGACAAAAAAACCUGUUAGCAUUAUGAGAAACUGUUAUUUUGGACUUCAUUUAGACCAACAGAGAAGAACCUGAUGAUGAUGUAAGAAGUGACAGGAAUAUGGGGGCAGAAUGGCUGUGCCAUCUUGGACUAUAACAGUAGACAAAGCUCUGAGCCAGGUCAGUGGUCUUCAAACUGAAACUUUAUUCAAACAGAAUUGUAUAUGGGAUCCUAAUACUUGAAAAGGUAAAAAUAUACCUGCUGUGGUUGAAGUGAGAACACGGAGAUUGGAUCUACACACACACACACACACCCACAUGCACACAUCCUCUCCUCACUACUUUCAGUGACCCCAAGGAAUUCUAAGGGCUCCACAGAGCAUAGUUGGCUUUAGGAAGGCAGAUUGCUAAAUGUUCUGGGGAUGGCAGAUAUGGUCCCAUGUCUAGAGACCCUGAAAUAGGACUCCAUAUGCCAAAAUAAAAUAUAAAUUUGUAGCUUGUAUAAUUAACAUCAGUGGUCCAUGGGCUUGAUUCAAGAGACUUGCACAUGAGUCUUAGCUCCCCUUUACUAAAUAAGAGAGUUGGGGGAUAUGACUUAAAUUCUCUGAACAUCAGUUCUGUCAUGUGUGAAGCAGAGAUUGAUUUUUUCUAAGGAUCAAAUGAGAUAAUGUAGAUGGAUGUGCUUUACAGGGCUUUGUAGAUACUAGUAGUUGUCUUUCAUUACAAGAAGGAGACAUGUCCUGGCAUCUGGGCCAACUCCUCAUCUGUGAGAGAGGAGAUUGGGUCAGACAAGUGAUUCGCAACUGUGGCUGCAUAUUAGGAUCAUCUAGGGAAAAUACUUAGGUUUUUAAUUCCAAAGUUGGGAUCCCACCUCAUCAGUUUAAUAAGAAUCCCUGAGAUGAUCCCUUUUAAAAGCACUCCAGGUGAUUUAAUGUGUAGCCUGUCAUGGGGAACCUCUAGAGCAUGGUUGACAAAACUUUUCUGUUAACGGCUAGGUAUUUUGGGCUUUGCAAGCCAUACAAUCUGUGCCACACUACUCAGCUCUGCUGCAGGGGUGCAAAUGGCAUAGACAAUACAUGAAUGAGUGUGGCUGUGUGCCAACAAAUAUUUAUUUACAAAAGUAGGUGGCAGGUCAGAUUUGGCCUGUGGGCUAUAGUUGGCCAAAGCCUGCUCUAGGUAAUUUUCAUCUUCAAGGUAUCAUCUGGGUCAAGAUGUUCUGUAUAAGAUAUGUUUAGGAAGUAAUGCGUGUCCCAGUUCAUGGAUAUUUGGAAAGUUUCUAUUCAAAAGGCUAAUUAUCCCCCCCUGAACUAUAUAUGGGUUACAGUUUUAUGAUUAUCCAAUCAAAGUAAUCCCAUCUCCUUUUCACAGAAACAAAAAUAAGGUUAUUAGUCAUUACAAAAUACUGUUACAGCAGGAACACAGUAGGUUAAUUAAAAGCAAGGUAUUCUUAGUCAGCUGUCCUGGCCACCUCCCAAGUUCUGUAUCAUAUCAUAUCUGCCUCCAUGUUUAAAGGGCAAGGGGAAGCCUGUGGAACAUUAGCAAUGGUGAAAUGAUCGGAUUUGGAUUUUUAGAAAAACACUCCAGCUACAAUGUGGAGGGGGGAUGGAAGAGGGCAAGAGAAUGCUGGGAGGCCAGUAUGGAGUCUGCUCUAUGGCAUGCUGUAUUAAGUGGAGAUCAAGAUGCAAAGAGGUAAAUGGGCCCUAGCAAUAUUUUAAAAAGUAGAAUGGCUGUGACUGAGUGACUGAAUGUCUGGGAGUGAAGGGGAAGGAAGGGUGGAGGGUGAUUCCUAGUUUGCUGGCUUGUACAUCUGAAUGGGGGCUGGCGUCUUUCACUGAGAUGAGGGGAUGCUGGAGGAGGAUGGGGUGGAGGUGGAGGAAUUAUAAAUUCAAUUUUGGACAAGUCAAGCUUGAUGUCCCUUUGAGACAUCUAAUAAAGAUGUCAAGAAAGCAGUUGGAUACAGAGGUCUGGAUCUCAGGAGAGAGGGCUAGGAGAACAGUUGCCAUCUUCCACCAGGUGAACCCAAGUCAGGGGGCACCAGCAGGUGGGGUUAAAGACCAGGUGACAGGCAGGAAUUUUGCAGGCAGACCUGUCUUGGACAGCUGAUCUCUCUAUCUUUGGUAAUGGAACAAGGUUUUUCUUGGUUAUGGGUACUCAUUUAUUGGUUGCCAGUGGGGGGUGGGGGUGUAAAGUAAGUGCCACAGUGAGCAGCAUUCUGGAGAGAAAGUGGAGUAUGUAUUUAACAUCAAAACAAGUCUCUUUGUCCACUUUGGGUCAUGUCUAAGGAUUUUGCACAGUUCCUGAUAACAUUCAAAUGCUUAUUGAGUGCCUGCUAUAAAUAUUUUCCCUGGAAUUGUCCCAACUUAGGGUAGGAGGUACAAAGCCCCACUGCCUCCUUGUAGCCCAAGACUUUACCCCUUACUACUUGGAACUGGAUGGAGUUAGCUCUUUUGGGAAGUGACACAAUUCUCAACAAAUUUUGAAGCAAAUUUUUGUUAGGUGCAGCCUGGGGAUCUAUUGCUUUACCACUGAAAUGCUGCCACCUCCCGGAUAGGGUGUAACAAGUAGCCAGCAGCUGUGGAAGGCUUCCUGAGAGUGGGAGCCAGAGGGAAGCCUGCCAGCCCUGUGGCAAUCAAAAGCAGGAAUCCAAGCCCCUGGAGGGGGCUGAGUUCCCAGAGAGGGUUUAGUUCAUUUCUGUUUGGACAAAUCCAGGUUUGAUGGCCUGCUGGGAAAUGGUAUAAAACUCUCACUGACCUUUUGGGGGUGAGUCAUGGCAUCAAACUAGUAUGGUCUUUUCUUGUGACAGGCCACUCUUUGAUCCUGAGAUUCCUCACUUGAUGUGGCCAUUGAGGACAAUGUUCAAGAUUUCUUCUUUGGUCUCUGAGCAGACUUUGUUCUGCUUUGGUUUUAGAGGUUUGGCACAGCUGUGGUGUAGGGUGGGACUAUGAUUGCCAUUCCAUGGGAGGUCUCCUCCCUCCACAGGCCUGGUAUUGAUGAGGCAGGUCAGAGGGCUCAGCACAUGAGGGAACAGGGGCUCCCACCAAUGGCAGUUCACUUGGCCAUAACUCAUGACUCCAUAGAUCUCCCUUCUGCUUGUCUCUGCCUCAUUAAACUCUCCUUCACUUAUCUGAGUUAUCCUAAAAGGCACCCUGAGUAGAAGUCUUUCCUCUGAAAUCUUAAAAUGUUCUCCAUUAUCCAAAGGGUAAGGUUGAAAUCCAUCUGAAGCUUCCAAAUCCCUUAUCACAGGUCCCUGUACUCUUUGAUCCUCAUAACACUCCCUGUAUGCCCUUGUUCCUUCUUUUCUCACCACCUGAUACUCUAGUAAUAAUAGAUAACUUGCCCCAAACACACCAUUUGCUUUUAUUCCUGUAUUUUCUAUCAAGACUUGCUGUCCACAGCCUUGAACCUCAGACCUCUAUCAUCUAUUCAAGAGAGAAAAUACAGACAAUCCCUGACAGUAUUGUUGUAGGGAUUGAAUAACUGAGAGGUCUGUAAAAUCCCUAGCCAUGCUUAAUACAUAACCAAUUACCCCAAAAUGUAGUUCUGUUAGUAUCAUUGUGGUUUCCCUUGUUUAUGCCUGCUGAGUAAGGUUCUGCUCAUUUUUAAAAAGUACAUCAUGAAUCUUACUACCUUCGGAAAACCCUGAUCCCUAUGGUUGUCAAGCCCUUGUAGCACUUUAUUUUUACUUCUUUGAUAGCCCUUACGCCAGUGGCCUGAUGUCUGUUAAUUACAUGUGUACUUGGGUUAUUUAUGCUUGUAAGCUUUUUGAGUUCUUGAAGACAGGAAUUAUAUGUCUUAUUUUGUGCCCUACCCUCACUCUGUAGCACCUAAGAGUUCACAAAAUAGGUGUUCAGUUAACUGUUGCUUUAAAUAGGUGGGGCUUGGAGGGUAGGUUCUAGUCCUGGCCCUUCCUUUCCUUGGGUCUUGUAGGCAGAGAGGGUAUGCUUCAGGGCUGUCUUCAUUUCCAGGACCUUGCUCUAAACAAGCUGGAUAAGAACUGACUGUUUUAGUAGGGUUAGUGCAGACAGAGGCCUGGAUUCCUGUCCUACUUGGGGCAAAACCAGGAAGAACUACCUCUUCCCGUCAAGGAGCUUGAGAUUCCCACAGCUGGAUUUAAUUUGGACUUCUAAGUCUUCUGCUGGCCCUGGAAAAUCUUGAUCUUGAGGGUUGGCUCUGGUUUCCUUAGGCUUGCACGCACACGCCUUCUAAAGUCAAGGCCACUGGGGCAGGGAGGAACCACGAGAGGGCAGUAAAGAUCCGUUACUAAGCAGUCAAUUUGACUAUGGGGCUGAAAGCUGCAAGACGUGUUUCAAAGUGAAGAAAGAUUAAGAAUCAGAGAAGAAAAGCUGGAUUCUGGAAGAGUUAGGGGCAGCAAGCUGGUUCGAGUCACCAAUAUCUUCCUGGACCCGAGACCUGGAAGCAGCAAGUUAGGGACACUGGUCAGGCCCAAAUGGUGCUCCGCAAAUCUCUUUGCAACCUGUUGUUUCCGGUGCUUAGUUUCGUUUGAGAAAGUUAUUGUCCAUUGAUGAUGCAGAUAACCCAUGGAGGAGUUUGUAGCACCACCUGUUUAGUAUUUACAUGCCAUAUUACAGCUUUAUAGUUUUCUAUGGAGGAUUUUUUUCACACCAAUUUUCCCCCAUCUUUAUUGAGAUAUAACUGGCAAAUAAACAUAAUAUAUAAUUAAGGGGCACAAAAACUUGACAUUUUGGUAUACCACACCCGUUUUUAAAAUCUGAAGUCACGGGGAUGAAAUGCAAAGCAUGGGGAAUAUAGUCAAUAAUAUGGUAAUAACUGUAUGGUGAGAGAUGCUAACUGUACUUACUAUGGUGAGCAUUUAGUAAUAUAUGUAAUUGUCAAACACUAUGUUAUAUUCCUGAAACCAAUGUAAUACUGUAUAUCAACUAUACUUAAAUAAAAGCAUCUGAAUCUCCUAUCAGUCUUAAAAGGUUAAAAGAAGAGAUAUUAUCAUCUCUGUUUAAGGAAAUUGAGGCUCAGAAACAUGAAGUGACUUACUCAAAGGUAUGCCAAGUUCAUGGUGGAACCAAAUCUAGAGAUUCUCUGAUUAUAGAUCCUUUGUUUAUUCCUUUUUGUUUUCAGUUGUUGAUGUGUACAAGCUUUGUGAGUUUUUAAGAGCAAGGACUACAACUGAUUUAUCUUUAUGUCUCUGAAUGAUGUCCCCUUAAUCGUUAGGACUGUGACUGGAUAUGUUGUAUAAAAGCUUUGCCCCUUAGGAACUGGAUUCCAUAAUCUCUCUAUUUUCCUCCACGAUCAGUAAUUCUGUGAUUUUUGAGGCCCAGCCCUAAGUUACCCUGUUGGUUGGGCAUUUCCACAAGGGCAGCCACUUGGCUGCCAGCCUGUGAAGAUCCAUUCUUGUACUGCAGGGUGGGUGUAGCACAGUUGGACAGUUUCUCAAGAUGAGCACUAAUAACCCUGCUGUUAUAAGAGUUGACUUUCAAGGAUGAGGAUGAAAAUGUUUCAUUUUAACAGUUGCAUGUAUAAAUACAUACAUAUAUAUUAUUUAUAUACAUACACAUGUAUGUAUUGUUGCUUAGAAUGCGGUCAGUUUUUUGAGUGAGUUUAUUUAAAGUAAAACAUUAAAUAAAUGAUAGUAUGCUAUAGUAAGGAACAAAUCAAAAACAUGGAACUGAUGUACCAAUGACUGAAGUUCAGGGAACUGUGGUGAGGUGGGAAGAGUUGUAACCAGAGUUAUUAAACUAAUUUCAAGUCUGACUCUGUGACACUGAGGCCAUGUAACCCUGACUAAGUUGCCGAACUUAAAUGAGCCUCAGUUUUCUUAUCUGUAAAGUUAGAAAAGAAUUCCUGCCCUCCUAAACUCAAAUGAAAAUAAAUCAGAGCCUGCUGGAGCCUGGGAAACCUCUGUGCGAAUGUCCACUGCAAUUGUCCCAUUCCAUUCCUUGUUCACCAAGGUCUAACUAGGACGUUCUACUUACUGCUGCAGAGAAUGCCUCCCAGACAUUGGCUACCCAGGAUCCCAAGGAACAAGUCCAGUUCAGUUUGUUGUCCACAUCCACAGUUUGAGGAUGGGGAGGAAGGAGGGGCUGGAGAAGCCUGAAAUCAGUGCAGGAGCAAGUCCCAACACAUGUCACUGUUUGCUUUGUCAUCCUGAUUCAAUGACCUCAUGCAAGGAAGGGAGGGAGCAGGAGGAGCUGUUCUCUUCCAGAUACCUAAGGAGGCUUCUGACGUCUACUGUUUUCCUUGGCGUGAGAGGAGCAGGCGCUGUGCUGUGAGUUUUAAGGAUGACAGGGAAGACAGAAGGGAGGCAGGAGCAAGAGACAACAUCUAAUUUGCAGCCCAGGUACCAAGCGGUCCUGUGCUCUAGCUGAUCCUGCUGCUGCUGAGAAGGUGGCUACAAGGCUCUCUCCUGCUCGGACCAGGUGUCUGCAUGGUCAUUGCCAAGAGCAAGUCAAAAACCAUUCUGGUGAAAAUGCUGAGCCAAGCUGGGACAGGGUUCUGCUUCAACGCUAAGAGAAACCGACUACAGGAGAAACUGAUGCUGUUGCAUUUUGAUCCAAUUG